ACCAUCUGAAAAUGUUUCUGAAUUCAGUCUGCAAAUCGAUAAAUCGAUGGCUGUUCAUCCCAAAGAUCGCUACAAAAGCACCACUGCUGAUCGCUUUUCUUCCUCCACCCAGCUCGAACCAUCCCAAUCCGUGGUGGUGUUAUGGUGUUCUUAUCCUCUUGCUUCCAAACGUGCAUGUGUCUCUUGUCACCUUGCGCCUCGGAUUAUAUUUCUGCUGCUGCGAUCCUGAUUAAUUCUCCUCGAGUAGGUUUUGUAGCUCGAUCGCCUACCUGAAGUAGAGACUAGAGAUGGAAUCGCCUCCUCCGCCCGCCGUGGAUCUCUCCCUCACCUUGUCAUCGUCGUCGUCGCUGCCGCCGCCGCCGCCGCCGCCAUUGCGGGACGCCGUCCGCCUCUUCCCCUGUCUCUUCUGCAACAAGAAGUUCCUCAAGUCGCAGGCGCUCGGGGGUCACCAAAACGCCCACAAGAAGGAGCGGAGCACCGGGUGGUGGCAUUCGAAUUCCUACCUGCACCUCCGGCCGCCACUGCUGGCGCCCGCCGCAUUCUCCGGCGACCACUUCCGCCACUGCCAGGGGUCCUUCUUCCCCGUAGCCUCCCACUCGUGCAGGCCGGCAAGCGAGACCGUCGACUUCCUCAAUUGGCAGAGAGCAUCGCACUGCCCCCAGACUGCUGCUGCUGCUGCUGCAGCUGCUCCGGACGAAGACAGAGCCGCCUUGUUCGAUCUAUCCUUGAAACUUUAGACUGUCCUUUAAUUUGAUUGUUGUCACUUCACUUCACUUCGCUUUGCUUCUGUUCUUGCUCCUGUACGACGAUGUCCGUCUGAAACACGAAAGGCCGCGGCAGAGGCAGCGCGCUGUGCGCGGGCUUUGUUUUGGA